AUGCCUCCCAACCUGACCUUCUACGACGUGGCCAUGGCAUUGAACUACAAAGCAAUCCCCCAUGAAACCACCUGGGUCACAUUACCCGAUAUCAAAAACGUCCGCUCUGGGCUAGGGAUCCCUGCAUGCCGCAAAUUCGCCGACGGCACCGACUUCUACACCUUACCCAUCCUAAUUGACCCCACCACAUCCCGCAAGAUAGGCGACUCAUUCGACAUCGCCGUCUAUCUAAACAAACAAUACCCGGAUUCCGGUGGUGAUCUCUUCCCGCCCCAAUUGCUGGAUUAUACCUAUGAUCCAAGCGCUCAAAUUCUCAUCCCGCUGUCUGAGACUGAUGCCAGUGAGUAUCCACAGUAUGCACGGUUCAACGCGAAUGUCGAUGCGGCAUUCACCAUGCAUACUCUACUCAUGGUCGGCGGGAUGCCGUUUGAUCCUGAGACGGAAGAGGAAGCGAAGAAGGAAUUUUUGAGGCGUGCGGGCGCUACCUCUUGGGAUGCGUUCUCUCUUGGGGAUGAGCAGCGGAAACAGAUGCUAGGGUCUUUUGAGAAGGCUUUGGGGGAUCUUGCUAAGCUUUUUGGAAAUCAUGGUCCGUUCAUUACCGAGAAGGCUAGUUAUGCGGAUCUUAUCGUUGGGGGUUGGUUGCGCAUGGCGAACCGUACGAUGCCGGCGGAUGAAUGGGAGCAGCUGCGGGGGUGGCAUGGAGGUGUUUUUGGAAGGUUGCAUGAUGCAUUGGAGGAAUAUGCUGUUGUUAAUUAA